CAUGGCGGCGACCGCACUGAGUAGAGCUUCGUUUCUAUUGGGGUUUCUUAUACUUCUUCAAAUGCAGCUUCCUCGAACAAUGGCGGACUGCCCCUUGGAUUUGAGUGGAUCAAACUUUACUUUAGCUGCCUCUAUUUGCUCCAACCCCAAUGAAAGAGGGAAGUGCUGCCGCUAUAUCAAUGCAUUUGUUGCAGUUUCUGUUGCUAAGAUAGCAAAUGCAACAGGGGAACUGGGAGUUUCUUCAAACUUAUCUAACAUUUGUCUGCAAUCGUUGUUUGAUACCAUGGGACUCUAUGGGGUUCCUAGAAAUGCCACAGCUUUCUGUGGUGUUGGAACGAAAAUUCCAGUGAACUUUGCGUGUAGAGGUCGAGAAACUGUCACACAGAUGCUUCGGUCUCCAAAAUUUAUGAACGUCAGCGAAAAUUGCAAAUUGCCACUCUCGGAGGAGAGUACUUGCAGGAAGUGUAUCAAUACUGGGAUUUUGUAUCUCCGCAAUCUGAUUGGAAGAGAAGAUAAUAUCACGCUAAAUACUUGUCGCGAUGCUACGUUUAUUACACUUGCUAGCCAACUUGAUUCUACUUCAAUCAUUGAUCUUGCAAGCUGCUUCUUUGGAGUUCAUGGCCUUAGCAAGCCUCCAGCUCCAUCCCCAUCUUUGGCUACACCAGAUAUUUCUCCAAGUCCAUCGGCUGCUGCAAGUCCGGGGCUGCUUACACUAGGUGUUUCUGGUGAUAAAAGUCACCAUUCCUACCAUCUAACACUAGUGGCAGGUAUUGGCAUUGCGGUGACAGUAGUUUCUGUAAUGAUGCUGGUGAUCUUGAUUGUGCUGAUUCGAAAGAAAAGCAGAGAGCUAAAGGAUUCCGAAAGGAUGGAUGUCAACUCUUCAAAAUCCUUCCCUUCUCGUUCCAUCAAAAAAUAUCAGGAAGGACCUUCUAUGUUUAAAAAAUUCGGCUAUAAGGAGAUCAAGAAGGCAACAGAUAGUUUUAGUACAACAAUUGGACAAGGAGGGUAUGGAACCGUUUAUAGAGCGCAAUUUAGUGAUGGCUUAGUGGCAGCUGUGAAGAGGAUGAACAAAGUCUCCGAGCAGGGGGAGGAUGAAUUUGGCAGAGAAAUAGAGCUGCUUGCAAGAUUACACCACCGGCAUCUUGUUGCUUUAAGAGGCUUUUGUGUUGAAAAGCACCAACGGUUUCUUGUGUACGAGUACAUGGCGAAUGGAAGCUUGAAAGAUCAUCUGCAUGCUCCUGGCAGGACCCCUCUAAGUUGGCGGACGAGAAUCCAAAUCGCCAUUGAUGUCGCCAAUGCUUUGGAGUACCUUCACUAUUAUUGUGAUCCCCCACUGUGCCAUAGAGACAUCAAGUCCAGCAACAUUUUACUGGAUGAGAACUUUAUUGCUAAGGUUGCAGAUUUUGGCCUUGCCCACGCUUCAAAGGACGGUUCUGUUUUCUUUGAACCGGUGAAUACAGAUAUUCGAGGAACGCCAGGUUAUAUGGAUCCUGAGUAUGUUAUCACACAAGAGCUUACAGAGAAAAGUGAUAUCUACAGCUACGGCGUGCUACUAUUGGAAAUAGUUACCGGCAGACGUGCGAUACAAGAUGGGAAGAAUUUAGUUGAAUGGUCUCAGCUGUACAUGAUCUCGGAUUCAAGGAUAACUGAACUAGUAGAUCCUAGCAUCAAGAACUCUUUUGACUUGGAACAACUUUGCACAAUCGUGUCGAUUGUGAGACGCUGCACUGAGGGAGAAGGCAGGGCAAGGCCAUCAAUAAAACAGGUGCUUCGGCUACUGUACGAGAGUUCAGACCCGAUGCAUCAAGGGCUCGUUGAAGCAGUUGACGAUGAAGAUUAUGGAGGCACUGAAGGGAGACAGAGCAUGAGCAAGAGGAAAAUGCAUAGAAGUGAUGUGCUUUUUCACAGUGGAGAUGGAAGGUAUCUUGCCUCAUCUUCAAGCACAUCUAGGUCAUAUUGUAGUAGAAGCUUUUUGCUUGAAACUGGUUCACCACAGUCUCCUUCAAAUAUUUUCUCUGUAUCAGAUCAAUUAUUUUAGAAGACUUGGCAUUGUAGAAUAGAAGCCAUGUUUGACACUGACAGAAGUUAGACAGUAAAAAAGUAUUGGGGUUGCAAGCA